GGGAAAUAAUUUGUAAACAAAGGCGGUAUUUCCAAACUUUAUAAAGUGCUUAUUUAUUUCCUCACAAACUUUUAUAUUAUUUUAUUUCUGUCUAAUCCCAGAUUAUGAUUCCUGAUGAACAAGUAUCUAUUUUAUUCAAAUUAUGACAUUCUUCAGAUCUAUGUAUCGAAUGAAUUUGAAACUCCUAAGUUUGUAAUAUCAGCACCCAAUGAAAUACGAUCAUGGUUUUAUAAUGAAGAGAGAAAUUUGCUCUUUAUAGUCUGUUUGAGUGGUCUAUAUAAAAUAAACCAAGAUGAAAUCAUAUUGUACGUUACCAAUGAUGAUCAACAAUGCAGUGAUACAUUAGAAGCAGAUGACGAUUGUAUUUUUAUUCAACGGGAAGAUAAAGCAUCAUUAGAAUUGAUUAAAGUAGAGGCACAGCCAUUUCAUACAAACUUACUUACUGAUUAUCACCAACUAUUGAAAUGUCCCAAUAUAAAUGGUGUAAAUGCUUAUGAAAGCCUUGUUUUUGUUACAUUUCAAAACUCUGAUAGUUUUAGCUUGAGAAUUUUUAAUGAAAAGGAUGUAAGUGACAGACAGGAGAAAUUAGUCAUAAAUUUUCCACAGACUAUUAACUUCAUCACUUGUACGAGCUCAGAACAAACUAAAGUGGUUUUACUGUAUUCAAAAACUUUCAGUGGUUUUCAAACCCUAUCGAAACAUGUUAUUCUUCCCCAAAUAUUGUUUAUAGAUUUGUUUUCUAAAGAAUGUGAUCAACUUCAGUCACCUGUGAUGUUGUUUUGUCGUCAAGAUGGUCAUGUGUUUUAUUCAUUUGUGAAACAUGAUUUAAUUAAGUCAAGUAAACAAUAUGAAGUUCUAUGUGAUAUUGGGAAUAGUAUUGUAAAUAUUGUUUUUAUUAAAGUUGUUAUUUGUUAUACAAACAGUACAGAGAGUAAAACAGAAUCACUGUAUGAUGUCAACUCAUCAAAGGAGUUACCUGCCCUUGUUGUUAUUUCCUCCAGUGGAAAACUGUUGUUGUAUUUUAAGCUUAACUGUAAGAAAUGUUGGUACUCCUCUGUGAUAAAUGGACCAAUUCUAGAUGUAUGUUGUGAAUCAGAUAUGUAUUUAUAUCACACUAAUGGAAACUAUGUUUAUAAAAGUAAAUUUUAUUAUAUUGAGAGUGAAAACAGACUAGAAACCGAGAGUACAUUACUACAUGAUGUGAAAGUUAAAAAUAUACAGAUCUCUACUAGUGACAGCCAACAUGGGCUUUGUUUAGUUUGCCAAACUUUCAAUAAUACCAUAUUAUCACUUCCUUGUAACGUUUCCUCUCAACCAUCAAUAUCUGGAGAUUUAAAGGACAUUUUACUUGGCAUUGACCAGAAACGUCUUCAACUUGGGAAUAUAUCUGAAAAUGAAAAGAAACUAAAUUCUCUGAUUCAGCAGUUAAAUAUCACUGCUAAUUUAAUGAUUUCAAAAACUUGUGGAAAACUUUUAAUCUCCUGUAGUGUAGAAAUAGAAGCAGAUUCAGUUGGUGUCUCUCAAGCAUUUUUCCUAUCGUUAGAAUUGACUAAUGAGAGUAAAUGUAAAAUUUCUUCUAAUUGGUCACUCCUGCUUCAUGUAACAAAUGACCAAUCAGAAAUCACAUCUCAUUCUGUUUCACUAAAGCAAGGAUUAGAUCCUGGACAAAGUCUUAAGAUUAAGAUCCCACUUUCUGCAAAUUCAGAAAGUUUACAACUAUUCUUCAUUCUUAGCACUGAAUUUUCACUUGAAGAUUUGUCACAAAACUUGUGUGUUCCUAUUUUUGGAUGUAAUUUUAAUAGUUUAGACUUUCUCCUAAGUGGAGAACUUUCUAGUUACAUUAGGAAAACUGAUGAUGUGAUGAUUGAAAAUAAAAUAUACACAGCUCAAUUAUUAGUGUCUUCAGCUCAGAUUCAACAAUGUUUUCCUCAUUCAGAAAAAGUGAAAUUGUCACCAGAAGUGAUAUUAGAGUUGGUUUUAACAAGUAAAAAAAAAGGAAAGUUGCCAAUUGAAAAUGGUGUUUGUAGAUUGUAUAAUGUAAGUGGUAAUAUGGUGUCUAUAUCUAUAUCCAGAGGAGAGAGACAUGAUGACUAUUUAAUUCACAUCAACUCUAAUUCUUGUCAAUUAUUAGCAAGUGUAAAAUCUGCCAUUUCUUAUAAUAUAAAGAAAUCUUCUCCUAGAUGUUUGGAAUCAGUCACUUCCAAAGAAUACCAAAAAUAUAUCCGUACUUUACAGGAAAUAAAGGCAGCAGUAGAAGAAAUGAAGGGAAGUUCAGAGCAGAAUUCAAUGGAAGAAAACCAUAAAUUGAUAUUUAGUAUUUAUGAAAAACUGAGAAAUACUCUGUUAUAAUGAAUGAUUUCUUAUAGAAAUUUAUAAUGACUAUCUUUGUAGAAAUGUAAUAUUCCAAUUGUUGGUUAAUUAUGAUUUUUAAAAACAUAGCAUUUGUAUCAUACUUUGUGGAGCGUCAAAAUGUACUUGUGAUGAGCCUGUACAUUUAAAGUAUAAGUCUAAAAUUAAAUUAAAUUUUAAAUUC